AUGACACAAGUAGAUGUAGUAGUAGAAACUCCAGUUGAAACUGUUGAAAAUUCACUAAGUGUUAAAGAUUCUACUCUAGUACAAUCUCAACUUAAUGAUUCUUCUAAUGACCUUGUCACCAAUACUAAGAACAAUAAACAAAAUAAAAAAUCAAAGAAGAAGAAUGAAAGACAGAAGAAAAUAGAUAUCUCUCCAGAACAUAUUGCUCAAGUUCGAGCUAAGAGAGAAGCUGCUAGGAAAGCUAAGAGAGACGCUUUAUUGGCACAAGGUAUUGACCCAGACUGUCCCAAGGAAUUACAAUUUAUUAAAAGGCCUAUCUUGCAAAUGCAUGAAAAUGAGCCAGUUAAAGGCUUUAAAUUUAGUUUAAUGACAUAUAACUGUUUGGCUCAAGCUUUAAUUCGAAGAAAAUUAUUUCCCGAAGGUGGUGAUGCAUUAAAAUGGCAUAGGAGAUCAAAAGUAUUAUUAAAUGAAUUCAAACAUUAUAAUCCAGAUAUUAUAUGUUUACAAGAAAUAGAUCAUGUUCAAUAUCAAUCGUUUUGGAAAGAAGAAUUUUCAAAGCUUGGAUAUGAAUGUCAAUUUUACAAGAAACCAUCAAAAAAUCACGGUGUGUCAGUAGUCUGGAAAAAGGAAUUAUUUGAAAUGACUGAUAGAAUGUUAGUGGAUUAUGAUAAGGAACUUUCAGGUGAUAUUGAACCAAGAACAACUACUAACAACAUUGCUUUAUUAUUAUCGUUAAAAUUUUCCAAAAAAGUUACAGAAAGAUUUCCUAAAAACAUAAACAAGACGGGUAUUUUAAUAGGUACUACUCAUUUAUUCUGGCAUCCAUUUGGUACUUAUGAAAGAACUAGACAAUGUUAUAUUAUUCUAAACAAAAUGAAGGAAUUUAUUGAUAGAGUAAACAUUUUGCAAAAUAACGGAGAUAAGGACUUCUCACAUUGGUAUCCAUUCUUUUGCGGCGACUUUAAUUCCCAACCUUUUGAUAGCCCGUAUUUAUCCAUGACCUCCAAGCCAAUUAAGUAUUCUGGUAGGUCUAAAACUGUCAUUGAAUGUAGUACAUCAUUUAAAUUUUCUAAAAAACGUGAUGGUGAAGAAGGUGAUGACGAAGAAGGUGGAAACAUUGAAAAAUUUGGUAAAGACCAACCACAGCACCCUGUACCAGAUGAUUAUCAAGCUAAUGAUGAACAAAAGUUACUUGUAACCAAGAUGCAAGAGCUACACAAUUCAUUAGAUAUGAGAGCCAUUUCAUUAUAUUCUGCUGGUUAUUCUAAAGUUCAUCCAGAAAAUUCAGGCAUUGAUAAUGAACGUAAUGAACCUGAGAUCUCUAAUUGGGCUCACAUAUGGAGAGGUUUGUUAGAUUAUUUAUUUUACAUAAAAAGUUGGGAUUUUACUCCUAAUAAGGAGAUUGAUAGUUUAGAAGAUUUUGAAAGGGAAAAUGAUAUAAAAAUCAGAGGAUAUUUAAGAAUGCCUCCAGCAAAAGAACUUCCAUCACAUGGUCAACCAUUUGAAGGUGAAUACCCAAGUGACCAUUUGUGUAUGCUUUGUGAAGUUGAAUUAUGCUUAUAG